UUGUCACUAGGGCUGGGUUCAAAAGAUCGAUCCAUGAUCCGAUAUCGAUUCACGUUCAAAAAAUACGAGCUCGAUUCAAAAAUGUGUGGAUUGAUCUCUUCCAGGUGGCUAUAGGCACUAUUUUCUCGACCGCGCAAGGACCGCUAUAAAAAGCGGGGUACCGGCAAACGAAACCGAAACUUAAGAACGCGAGAUGGCUGAAGCUGCACAGCUAAAAUCACCGCCUGGCCUGAAAGCUGAUGUACGGCAUUACUCUGGAUUCAAACGUUACGAGGACAGAGACGAACUCGACAGAACAAAAGCAGUGUGCAAACUGUGCCACAUAGAGGUAAAAUAUAGUGGCAAUACAACCAAUCUCCGCAACCACUUAUCCAGGCACCACACCAACACAGUUUCAGCUAAACCUGCUGCGAAUCAAACUGCACUUGAGAAGGCAUUUGGUGUUAAAUUUCCUUCAAAUUCUCAGCGUGCCUUGAGCAUAACCGAGGGUGUCGGAAUAUUUAUUAGUAAAGACCUACACCCCUACAGUGUCGUAGAAAAUGCUGGAUUCAAACUACUGGUGAAGAGACUGGAACCAUGCUAUGUCCUGCCCAGUCGCAAACAUUUGAGCGAAACGGUUAUCCCAAAAACAUAUGCGAAAACAAAAGACACACUUGCACAUUCGCUGAAGUCUGCCGAGAGGGUGGCGUUGACCUGCGACUUCUGGACCUCAAGAAAUACCGUAUCAUAUCUUACUAUUACAUGUCAUCACAUUGACGAGGAAUGGAGGCUAGUCUCAAGCGUUCUACAGACCAGAGCAGUUGAAACGAGCCACACUGCAAGUAACCUUGCUGAUCUGCUCACCGAAGCCAUACAGGAGUGGGAAAUACCGUAUCUGACAAAGACCCCGCAAUUGUUACAGAUAAUGCCACAAACAUUGUGAGAGCUGUGCAAUUAAUGGGGCAUUUUCAUAUGGGGUGUUUUGCGCAUCUUAUCAACUUGGCAUCGCAAGCAGGUCUAAAAACUCCAGCUGUCGCACGUUUACUGGGGCGAGUAAGGCGAAUUGUGGCAUUUUUUCAUCGAAGCCCCACUGCAAGCCACACACUACAAGAGAAGCAAAAACUUCAGUUGCCACAACACAAGCUCGUGGUGGACAUCACGACCAGAUGGAAUAGCUCCCUGGACAUGGUGGAGCGCUUCCUUGAGCAGCAGCCAGCCAUCUCUGCAGCGCUGCUGUCACCCGACGUCCGCAGGAGGGAAAGCGAUAUCUGUACUUUAACGGAGACAGACAUCACCACCGCAGAGGACGUGGUGAAAUGCCUAGGGAGGGCCAAUGAAGACGGCCACGCUCGCCAUCUCUGAGGAGGCAUCUCCAACUAUGUCCAUGGUUGCACCACUGCAGUCCCAGCUUUUGAGUCAGAUGAGAUGCACUGCUGAAGACUCUUCUGUGAUUAAGGAGCUCAAAACAGCAGUUCACAACAACUUGAAUUCAAGAUAUGAAGCCCUGAAGGAUAAUUUGUGUGUAGCAUCAUCACUGGAUCCACGUUUCAAGACUCUACCAUUCCUGUCUGAUGAGGCACGUGAUGCUGUCUUCUUGAAAUUGACCUCUGAAGCUGUUCAUCUGGACCAAUCAACUGAUCAUGCUGAGGAAACUACACCAGAGCAAGAAGACACCUCCCAUGGUGACAUCGUUACUGCUCAAAGGAGCUGCCUCACUCCACAGCAUGUAGACCAGCUCCUUUUCCUCCAGAAAAAUUACACAGUUCCUGAAGACUAGGAGUCUUAUCAGUCAAGCAUAAUUUCUUACACUUUGCUGUGGUUGCUGAGCUACUGUUUUUUAUUUUCUUUGUGGUCAUUGUUGGUUAGUUCUGGUCAUUGUUUUAAUCCUGCCAUGGGUAUGUUAAUCAACCAAAAGAUGGCCACCAACUGUCAUGGUUACACUCAGACUUAGCAGUCAAGCAUCAUUUCUUACACAAUUGCUGUGGUUGCUGAGGUGCUUUUUUUUCCUUUGCGGUCAGAAACCCUGCCAUGGGUAUGUUAUUCAACCAAAAGAGGGCCACUGAAUGU